GGCUACGGCGGCAUGGACAAGCCGGCGGAGACAACAAACACAGCGCGAUAUGCGCGGACGUGAGAACGUGAGCAAGGCGAUCGUGACAGAACACCAGAACACCACUGGUGAGUGCUUCAGUAGCUGGGAAAGGGCAUCCGACGCUGCACGUCUCAUGAGACGCGAUGUGGUCGUAGUGGAUGUUGGCUACCCAGGCAUACUGGCCAAGUGUUUGACUCGCAGGGGCGCAUUUCUCGUACUCUACCGAGAGCGUUUUCUCGCAUUCGCAUUCGUCUCGGUCGGCUACACGCCAUUGUUCGCGAGCUUCAAAUAUGCGACCCAUCGCCGCGGUCAAGCAAGCCAUCGGUCACGAGCCUUAGGGCCACUGGCAGUGACCAGCUACAAACAAUGUCACAGUCGACCUCAUUCUAAAGAUGCGCCAGGUUCUUCGUCGACCUCGAGUACCAACUGGCAAGUCAUGAAGGACCAUAUCAGUACUCCUGACCUCCCAUGUUCGCUAUCAUCUCGCAACCGACUGGCUUGCCCGCUUGAUUGUCUCUCACCAUCCGUGUCAAUUAGCGACUACUCUUGUGACGCGCCACCUAGAGUACAUUCGUACUUACGAAUGUUGGGCGCUCGAGAUAUGGUACUCGGCGCUUAUGCGUAUGUGCUACUCAUGCAACCGUUUUGACGAUAAAGGGAGACAAAUGUGGGCGUUUUCCUUGGUAGUCUACUCCGACGCAAUGUGUAGGGCAUGCAGCGAUUUUUUGGGCAUUUUCUCCGAUUUUACCGCAUUUUUGAGAGGUCCGAUCCGUCAUGCGGCCAUAAAGCACCCCUACAGGUAGGUCCUAUCCUGAUGCGGACAUAACAGGGGUCAAAAUCGUGCGGACAUAAGGGCCCAAAAUCCGGGGUUUUCGGAUCGGACCUAUAAGCGCCUUGCCCGGGGUCCU